GCCAGCCAGCAACUACACAAUUGAGGAUUCUCUCGUCCAGCCAGCCCGGUCUCUUUAAAGUUGCUUCCAUUGAUUGCCUUCGCUCGCUACUACUAAUUUCACAACGUUGGUGACUGUCACGUAGUGCAGUACGCGCCUGUGCUUGUCGUAUCGGAACUUUUUUUUUCUACACAGUGUGCACGAGUUGUGUUUUCUCCAGUCCAAGCCUGGCCGUCAAUUUGUUGUUUAGCUGAAGAUUCAUUCGCUCCCAACACGAGGGCUCGAAAAUUGUCCUUAGCUGUAUAAUCAUUUUGGGAUACUUUUGCAACUUUGCAACUUGGUACGUACAGGAGGAGAUAAGAUAGUGAUACCACCAGCCGUGUAAACUGAAAGUCACUUCCAUCGGGCGAGGGUUUAUGAUAAGUCGAAACACAACAGGCAUUGAGCUUGCGGAGAUAUCGGUGUUCCGGGGAAGAAGGUGUACAGCAACCAUCAUCAUCGAUCAAGUGACGACAUCAUUGGUACAGAGUCGGUUACUGUAUUGUGCUGAAGGUCUCCUGCCGAGCCGUGGUUUGUGAUCCAGUUCCUCCAGUGACAGUGCAAAAUUGUUCUAGAUUCCUGAUUACGCAGCAAAUGCUGUAGUGGCCCGAAUCGGUGACGUAAGCCUGAUAGGCUGUGUGUACAUGCACCACACAAAAGAGCCAUUGCUGGGAGAUAAAUAAGCAGUGUUCCGGAGAGUGGCCCACCUUCAGUGUUCAACAGCUCCUGCUGGCUAGCGGAACGAUCAGUGAAACGCUCUCAACACAAUCGCUUAGCUGAGUUUUGUCUUGUUCCAAAGAAAAACCAAACAAUAUCGAGCCGACCGUGUACUUUUGAGUGUAUCAGCAAAACGGUGGCAAACAGCAAGAAAUAAAAAAAAGGUAUUAAAAAAUCCGCCACCGCCAUCCAACGACGACGACGACGAUAUGGGUCUACUGAGCGAGGGAAGUCCACUGAGCUGGGACGAGACGAAGGCCCUGGCUCAACAUGUCCGCGAGCACGGCAUCGAGCAGUUUAUCAACCUGUACGCCCGGCUCAAGGAUCGCCAGGGGGACAUGCUGAAGUGGGGCGACGAGGUCGAGUACAUCAUCGUGCGCUUCGACGAUGCAAAUCGGGCAACGCAGGUGUCGCUCCGGGCCCGGGACAUACUGGCCGUGCUCAACGAGAAGGAAGCCGCUGAUCCUAAUGGAGUGAAAUCUCUAUGGCGCCCGGAAUAUGGAGCCUACAUGAUCGAAGGCACUCCGGGAAAACCGUACGGUGGCCUGUUGGCCCAUUUCAAUGUGGUCGAGGCUAACAUGCGAUACCGGAGAAUGGAGGUAACGGAAAUGUUACCGGCUGGCGAACGUGUCAUGUCGAUAACCAAUUUUCCCCGGCUAGGAUGUCCGAAUUUUACCUACCCUUCGGCCAAACCCACACCCGAAGAUGAAACGUGUGCUGCGCGGUCCCUGUUUUUCCCCGAUGACGCAAUCUUUCCGGGCCAUCCUCGCUUCAAGACACUCACCCGGAACAUUCGCCAGAGAAGGGGUGAAAAGGUUUCGAUCAAUCUACCCAUUUUCCGGGACAAGAACACCGUCAUUCCGGUGGAGGGUAGCCUGCCGGACAAGCCAGACUACGUUCACAUGGACGCCAUGGGUUUCGGAAUGGGGUGCUGCUGUCUGCAGUUGACCUUCCAGGCGUGUAACAUCAACGAGGCACGUACCCUGUACGAUCAGCUGACUCCGAUGUGUCCGAUCAUGUUGGCCCUGACGGCAGCCAGCCCGGCCUAUCGCGGCUACCUGACCGAUGUAGACUGUCGAUGGAACGUGAUUUCGGCCUCGGUCGAUUGUCGCACCAAGGAGGAGCGGGGCGAAGCUCCCCUGAAAAAUGAUCGCUUCCGGAUUUACAAAUCGCGCUAUGAUUCGAUCGAUUCGUACCUCUCCCCGGCAGGCGAUAAAUACAACGAUGUGCCUUUGGUAAUGGAUGAAGCGCUGUUCGAUGUCCACAAAGUUGUCCAACAUGGCUCUAAACGACAGGCCGAACAAAAGAUUUUCGAAAUGGAUAGCCUUGUUGAUAUGAUGGUGGUCUCCGUUCUAGGCCGGAUGUCUUUUCCAAUUCUAGCUGGUGAAGUCAGAAAUGAGCAAGGGAGUCGAGUUCCCUGGAUAUGCGGGAUUCGUCCGUCCAGACAAGAGAUUACCAAGUACUCGUAG